AUGCAGCCAGCCAAUGAUAUAUUAUCACUUCCUUUCAUCUUCUUUAUACUGGCUUUGAGCGGUGCCGCGUUUUUCAUACAUUCCUCCUUGACAGGACCACCUGCGCAUCUUCCUGGCCCUUUAUACACCAAUUUCACGGGCGUGGUCCAGUUUAUUAGCAUUUUCCGCGGCAAGAGACACAUUUAUCUCACGUCUCUCCACGCUGUAUAUGGUUCAAUUGUACGCAUCAAUCCACGGGAGAUCUCGGUUUCAGACUCCGAGUCAGUGAAACAAGUGUUCAGAACCUUUCUCAAGCCUGUUUUCUACGAGAAUCUCGCUACGGAGCCGACGCCGAGCGUUUUCACCACUACGGACCCGGUGUACCAUGCAAAAGUGCGGGAGCUGCUGGCCGGCGGCAUGUCCGAGUCCUCGCUGAAGAGUCUUCAGCCAGUCGUUCAGUCGAAAGUAGGUGACUGUUUAGGUAAAGUCCGCGAUUGA